UUCUCCAUCCUCAGGUCCAAGAUGGCGGCGGUGGCGGCUCCUACGGCUCCAUCUCCGCCUCCCCCGCCCCCGUCGGGCCCGUGCUGCCCCGGCUCGUGGCCGAACUUCGCCGUGGUCUGCUCCUUCCUGGAGCGCUACGGGGCGCUGCUGGACCUGCCCGAGCUGCCCUUCCCCGAGCUGGAGCGCGUCCUGCAGCCGCCGCAGGAGCCCGGGGACCAGGUUCCAAAAGAGUUGGUAGAACUUCACUUGAAACUGAUGAGGAAGAUUGGGAAGUCUGUCACAGCAGACAGAUGGGAAAAAUACUUGAUCAAGAUAUGCCAAGAGUUCAACAGUACUUGGGCAUGGGAGAUGGAGAAGAAAGGAUACCUGGAAACGAGUGUUGAAUGCAAAUUGGGAAUUCUGAAGUACCUCUGUGAGUGUCAGUUUGAUGACAAUCUAAAAUUUAAGAAUAUCAUUAAUGAAGAGGAUGCUGAUGCUAUGCGUCUCCAGCCAAUUGGUCGAGACAAGGAUGGUCUAAUGUAUUGGUACCAGCUGGAUCAAGAACAUAAUGUGAGAAUGUACGUAGAAGAACAGGAUGACCAGGAUGGGUCUUCUUGGAAAUGCAUUGUCAGAAACCGAAAUGAGCUAGCUGAGACGCUUGAGCUUUUGAAAGCACAAAUCGAUCCUGCACUGUUGAAAAAGAACAAUCAGCAGGACAGCUCAUCACGUGAAAGCCCUAGCAUAGAAGAUGAAGAUAGCAAAAAGGAAGAAGAAAUAUCUCCACCAGGAAAUGAAUUAAAAAUAAAAGAAGAAGAGGAGAACAUGGAGGAACAGUCAAAGGAAUUGGAAAGCCUUCCUCCACCUACAGUUCCAGCAGAUGAAAACAUGAUGAAAAUGGAGAAAGUGGAAGAAAAGGAAAUUAUAAAACUGCCAGUCAUAGUAAAGCUAGAAAAACCUUCAGAAAACAGUGAGGAAAAGCAGAUUACCAAAGAAGAAAAUGAUUCCUUUAAAGAAAAUGUCAAGCCUGUUAAAGCAGAAGUGAAGGAAAAUAAAGUAGAACCAAAAGAUUUAAAAGAAGUAAAAAGCAGCACAGAUAAAAUAACAGUACAUGAGCCUGAGAGAUUAGAGUUUUGUGUCAGUGUCAAAACCCCUCAAGAAGUUGUGGAGAAAUCUGCAGAAGAAAGUGAGAAACUUAAAAAUGACCAGCAGGCAAAGAUACCACUGAAAAAGCGAGAGAUCAAGCUGACAGAUGACUAUGACAGUCCAAUAAAGGGGUCCUUGUGUAAAUGUGUUACUCCAACAAAGGAUGUCUUGAAAGAGGAAGGAAAACCAGAGGAGGAGGGUUUUAGACGAGUCCCUACAAUCACUGCUUUAUGUCCUGAUGGGAAAUUGCUAGUAAAUGGAGAGGUUAGCAGUGAAAAAGUCGCCCAAAAUGUCACCCAAAAUAAUAAGUCAGAACAUUCCAUUAGCACAAAGGAAGACAUCAGCAGCUCAUCGAAGGAGAAAAAUUGCGUAAGUGGGGGGAAAAUAUCAGACUCUUUAAACUCUGUUAGCAAAAUUGUGAAAACAUGUGAAGAUGAGAAAAAUGUGCCUACCGACAAAGAGGUAGCUGCUACGAUCUCUGAGGUUUCUAAUCAGAAAGUGCCUUUAAAGGAGGAAUCUAGUCUUAUGGAAAAUGAGUCCCUCGACAGUAUGACUUCUGAGGUGGCAAUGGAGGACUCAUGGAAAGCAGGAUACUGCCCCAAGAAACCUGAAGAGAAAUUAGCUUUGAAAACUAGGAAGGACAGACGACCACCACUCAAAGAAUGUUUAGAAAAGCUGGAAAAGUCCAUGAAGACAUCCACUCCUAAGGAGCUACCCAAGCUUGAUCUAACAGAUGAAGAGGGUUUGAAAAGUAAAAAUGAACUGGAGAAGAAAUCUGACUCUCCAAAAGCAGCUGAAACACCUCCAUCGUCUAUUCCUCCUGUUCCUUCCGAGAAAUCUGCUUUAGAAAAAGAGGGCUCAGAUUCCAAAAACAUACUUCCUGAUGAAAGCAAAGUUCAGGAAGGAUCAGAUUCAGAAAAACAAAAGGAGGAAUUUGAAGCUCCCCGGACAGAACCAGAUAAACAAGAUAAUGCCCAAACCUCUAAUACAGAGGAGUCUUCAGAGACUAAAAAGGAAUCUGCAGUACAAAAAAGCAAAUUUAAAUAUAAACUGGUUUCUGAAGAGAACAUCUGUGUAACAGAUAACAAGGAAAUAACCUCCGAGAGGCAGAAGGAAGGGAUCAAGUUAACCAUCAGGAUCUCCAGUAGAAAGAAAAAGCCUGAUCCACCUCCGAAGACUCAGGACACCGAGCAGAAGGAAGAGGAGGAAGUCAAUGUUGGUCGCACUUUAAGGAGGUCUCCAAGAAUAUCUAAACCUACUCCAAAAGUGGUGGAGACUCGGGAUCAGAAAACUGACAAAAAACGAGGUGAAGAAGAGGAGGAGAAAUUGGCAGUGCUGCAAAAGCAAGACCGAAGAGAGGAUGUGAAAAAACAAGAGAAGGAGUCCAAUUCUAAAGUGAGCAAGGUCACACCGAGAAGCAAAGUGCGGUGGACAGGAACUCGAACACGUGGCAGGUGGAGAUAUUCAAGUAAUGAAGACAGCGAGGAGUCUGAGACCGAAGAAAACUCUGAGGAGGAAUCUGAGGGGGGAGAGGAAGAAGAGGAACCUGCACCUGCUGAUGAUGAUGAACCAUGCAAGAAGUGUGGCCUUCCCAAUCACCCUGAGCUAAUUCUGUUGUGUGACUCUUGUGACAGUGGAUACCACACAGCCUGCCUUCGACCCCCAUUGAUGAUAAUCCCAGAUGGAGAGUGGUUCUGCCCACCUUGCCAACAUAAAUUACUCUGUGAGAAGUUAGAAGAACAAUUGCAAGAUCUGGACGUUGUCUUGAAAAAGAAGGAGCGGGCAGAGCGAAGGAAAGAGCGAUUGGUGUAUGUGGGUAUCAGUAUUGAGAACAUCAUCCCACCACAAGAGCCAGAAAUACCAGAAAGUCAGGAAGAAAAGAAGAAAGACUCCAAAAAGUCAAAAUCAAAACGGCUUGAAAGGAGGUCUACUAGAACACGGAAAUGCAUAAGUUACAGAUUUGAUGAAUUUGAUGAGGCAAUUGAUGAAGCAAUAGAAGAUGAUAUCAAGGAGGCCGAUGGAGGAGGUGGUGGCAGAGGCAAAGACAUGUCUAAUAUCACAGGUCACCGGGGAAAAGACAUUUCCACCAUCCUAGAGGAAGAAAGGAAAGAAAAUAAGCGGCCACAAAGGGCCGCUGCAGCACGUCGCAAGAAACGACGGCGACUGAACGACCUCGAUAGUGAUAGUAACCUGGAUGAGGAAGAGAGUGAGGAUGAGUUCAGGAUCAGCGAUGGAUCUCAGGACGAGUUUGUUGUAUCAGAGGAAAACCCAGAUGAAAGUGAAGAUGAUCAGCUGUCAAACGAAGACAGCGAUACAGAGUUCUGUGCCCGUAGACCCAGGCGACACCACUCCAGGCCAAUGAGACAAAGCAGGCGAUUACGAAGAAAAACAGUCAAGAAAAAAUAUUCAGAGGAUGAUGAAGAGGAAGACUCUGAGGACAAUUUAAGUAGGGAGUCUGAAAGUGGUGAUUACACAGAUUACAGUGAUGAUGAUUACCUGGAAACUAGGCGGAGAAGAUCAAGGCGGAAUCAGAAGAGACAAGUUAACUAUAAGGAGGAUUCAGAAAGCGAUGGCUCACAGAAAAGUGUUCGAUACGGAAAGGAGCUAAGACGACUUCAUAAACGCAGGCUUCCCAGUUCAGACAGUGAAGAGAGCUACAUGUCCAAGAACUCUGAAGAUGAUGAACCAGCAAAGGAAUCAAAGCAGUCUAUUCGAAAACGUAGCCGAAGUACAGACGAAUACUCAGAAGAAGAAGAAGAGGAUGGGGACGAACCAGAGGAGGGGAGACCUGUCCGCAAACGGCUGAAUCGAAUUGAAACAGAUGAUGAAGAUAACUGCGACAAUGCGAACAAAGAUGCAGAAAAGCCUGCACCUGCAAAUAAGCCGUCAGCACCUCAUGCUCCUCAUGACAGCACCAAGAAGCCCUGCUACCGGAUAGAAAGUGAUGAUGAAGAUGACUUUGAUAAUGUAGGGAAAGUAGAAAGCCCGUUGGACUACAGCCUAGUGGACUUGCCUUCCACCAAUGGACAGAGCCCAGGUAAAACUAUUGAAACCUUGAUUGGCAAACCAAGUGAGAAGACUCAAGCCCCCAAGGACAGCACAGCCAAUGCCAACCUGGCACCCAAUGGGACGGGGGGUGGGCAGGAGGUGGUAGGGCCAGAGGAAGAGGAGGAUGAACUUUUGAGAGUGACUGACCUUGUUGAUUACGUCUGUAACAGUGAACAGUUAUAA